ACAAUCAUGACGACAGUCGCCGCCGGUCUCCGCCGCUGUUUCUUCGUAUUUUCAGUUCUGUCCUUUCUCCUUCUAAGUGACCAAUCUCUUGCUCUGAACACAGACGGUGUUCUUCUUCUCUCUUUCCGCUACUCAAUCGUCGACGAUCCUCUUUCCGUUUUACGGAGCUGGAGAUUUGAAGACGAGACUCCUUGCUCAUGGCGUGGAGUCACGUGCGACGAGUCUUCCCGGCACGUGACUGUUUUGUCACUUCCGAACUCGAAGCUUUCCGGUACUCUUCCUUCCAAUUUGGGUUCUCUCCUCUCGCUUCAAAGACUCGAUCUUUCCAACAAUUCGAUCAAUGGCUCUUUCCCGACUUCGUUAUCCAACGCGACGGAGCUUCGAUUUCUUGAUCUGUCGAGUAAUCAUAUCUCCGGCGAGUUUCCGGCGAGUUUUGGCGCGUUUCCGAAACUCAAUGUGUUGAAUCUCUCCGACAAUGCUUUCGUUGGCGAAUUACCAAAGACGUUAGGCUGGAGUCGAAACUUAACGGAGAUUUCACUGAAGCAGAACUAUUUCUCCGGCCCGAUUCCGGGGGGCUUUAAGUCGACAGUGUAUCUUGAUCUGUCGUCGAAUCUAAUCAAAGGCUCGUUGCCGUUACAUUUUGGAGGCAACCAUUUGCGCUAUUUCAACGCUUCGUUCAAUAGAAUCUCCGGCGAGAUACCGGCUGGUUUCGCCGACGAAAUCCCGGAAAACGCCACCGUCGAUCUCUCCUUCAACCAGCUCACGGGUCAAAUUCCGGGUUUCCGGGUUCUCGAUAACCAAGAAUCAAACUCUUUUUUGGGUAACCCGGGUCUAUGCGGAUCCGACCAAGCAAAACACCCUUGCCGUGACCGUGAAGUAACCUCUCCGCCUCCAUCACCUACACCAAAUUCUCCUCCGGCUUUAGCCGCUAUACCAAAUACCAUCGGUUUAACAAAUCACCCAAUUGGCUCAAAACCAGGUUCGAAAUCCAAAUCGGCUCUUAAACCGCUGAUUAUCGUAGGCAUCGUUGUCGGUGACAUCGCCGGUUUAGCGAUCCUCGGGAUUGUGGUUUUCUACAUUUACCAGUCGAGGAAACGGAAGACCGUAACGGCUACGUCAAAAUGGUCCACGUCAUCAUCCACAGACUCCAAGGUCUUAUCAAAAUGGUACUGCCUACGUAAAACCGUUUACGUAGACGGUGAUUGUGAAGAAGACGAGGAAGAGUCCGAGACGUCGGAAUCCGAAUCGGACGAAGAGAAUCGGAUCGGACAAAAUAGAAGGUCCGGUUUAGAUGAUCAAGACAAGAAAGGGACGUUGGUGAAUCUCGAUUCGGAGAAAGAGCUUGAGAUCGAGACGCUACUCAAAGCUUCGGCUUACAUUUUGGGAGCCACCGGUUCGAGCAUAAUGUAUAAAGCGGUUCUUCAAGAUGGUACGGCUGUGGCGGUUCGACGAAUCGCUGAGUGCGGUUUAGACCGGUUUAGAGAUUUUGAGACUCAAAUUCGAGCUGUGGCUAAGUUGGUACACCCGAACCUGGUUCGAAUUCGAGGUUUCUACUGGGGAUCCGACGAGAAGCUUGUUAUUUACGAUUUUGUCCCUAACGGCAGCCUCGCUAACGCCCGUUACAGUAACAAGAGAUCUACAUCGUCUCAUGAUUUCGGCCCGAGUCCGAGCCCAAGCCCAAGUUCAGUCGGGUUACCUUAUAAUGCUCCGGAAUCUCUCCGAAGCUUAAAACCAAAUCUGAAGUGGGACGUAUACUCGUUUGGAGUUAUUUUGCUUGAGUUACUAACGGGAAAGAUCGUGGUGGUCGAUGAGCUUGGACAGGUUAAUGGGCUUGUUAUCGAUGACGGUGAGAGGGCGAUGAGGAUGACGGAUGCGGUUAUACGAGCUGAGUUAGAGGGCAAAGAAGAAGCUGUGUUGGCCUGUUUGAAAAUGGGCCUAGCUUGUGCCUCUCCAAUACCACAGAGAAGGCCCAGUAUCAAAGAGGCCUUACAAGUUCUCGAGAGAUUCCCUGUUCAUUUUAGCCAACAGUAA